AUGUCGGGACUUCCACCUACCCAUGGCACUCGGCCCGUUUCCCCCAAGGUGACCGGCCUUGAUGACAAGGAUAUUAAAGCCACCGAACCGCCUCCAGCUAAUCCUAGCAAGUACAAUGACCAUGGUACAAGUGAACAGUCCGGCAGCGAUGAAGACAUUGAAGGGUACGGCGAGAACCCGUUUUCAGAUCCGACCAAAGCGGCAUACUGGAAAGAGGUAUACGAGAAUUCUCGGUAUGAGUGUCGACAUGUUUUUGACCCUGAUAUCGCUUGGUCGCGCGAGGAAGAGAAAAAGAUUGUCCGGAAGCUAGACUGGCACUGCGUCAUGUUCUUUGCCCUGCAAGUGGACCGAGGGAAUCUCAGUCAAGCGGUAUCUGACAACAUGUUGGACGAUCUCGGCAUGAACACCAAUGACUACAAUUAUGGAAAUAUGGUCUUUCUUGUCUCUUUCCUCUUAGCUGAGCUUCCCUCGCAACUAGUUUCUAAGGCCAUCGGCCCUGAUAGGUGGAUUCCAACUCAAAUUUGCCUAUGGUCCAUAGUUGCCGCCGCACAAUGCUCCCUGAAAGGAAGGGCCAGUUUUCUUGCAACGAGAUCUCUGCUUGGACUCCUAGAGGGCGGAUUCAUCCCAGAUCUCGUCCUGUGGCUGAGUUACUUUUACACCUCGCGGGAACUUCCGAUUAGACUUAGCUACUUUUGGACUACUCUGUCGGUCACCGGCAUCGCCACAUCCCUCUUGGCUUUUGCCCUGCUGCACAUGCGGGGCAUCAACGGCUGGGGCGGAUGGCGCUGGUUGUUCCUGAUUGAAGGCCUCAUUACCCUCACCAUUGGAAUCGCGUCCUUCUUCCUGAUGCCGGCCUCCGCCGUACAGACGAAGACGUGGUUCCGACCCAAAGGGUGGUUCAACGACCGUGAAGUGCGCAUCGUCGUCAACCGCGUGCUUCGGGACGACCCGUCCAAGGGAGAUAUGCACAAUAGGCAAGCAAUUACGCCAAAGCGCCUAUGGGAAGCCCUCAAGGAUUACGACCUCUGGCCUCUAUACAUUAUCGGCUUAAUCGCAUACAUGCCGCAAGGACCGCCAGCCAAGUACCUCACACUGAGCCUGCGCUCCAUAGGAUUCAGCGCGUUCAAUACGAACUUACUCACGAUCCCUGUCAGCGUUAUUCACAUGAUCAAUUUGCUCCUCAUCACGCGCCUGUCCGAAUGGCUCAAUGAGCGGACCUUCGUAUCCAUGCUGCAACCCUUGUGGACGCUACCUUGCAUGAUUGCCUUGCGUUGGUGGCCAGGUCUGGUAGACAAUAAAUGGGGAACUUACGGGCUUAUCGUCAGCCUGCUCUCUUAUCCAUAUUGCCACGCUAUCUUGGUUGCAUGGUGCUCGAGGAAUUCCAAUAACGUGGCAGCACGGUCUGUCUCUGCAGCCUUAUACAACAUGUCCGUCCAGCUCGGCAAUGUUGCCGAUUCGUUCAUUUACAGAGAAGAUGACAAGCCUUACUACCACCGAGGAAACAUGCAACUGGUAGCUAUUAACUUUGCUGCGAUUGGGGUAUUUCUCCUGACCAAAGCCUACUACGUUUAUCGCAACAAACAGCGUGAUCGAAUUUGGAAUAGCAUGACUCAGGAAGAGCGUGACGACUACGUGAAGAAUACCAAACUAGUGGGCAGUCGCAGGCUGGAUUUUAGAUUUGCUCACUGA